AUGGUAAUAAACAUCUGUCUCCCACAGUUCAAGCCAAGAAUUCACUGCAACAAGAUCUCUGCUGAUGGUUAUGAAGUGGAGAACCUGAUCUCUGAAGACCUUGCCAGGAGAAACCGUGGUUUCCGCAGUGAAUACUUUAUCAAGCCUCCAGUCCACGUCACCAUCUCCUUUCCCUUCAACAUUGAGAUCUGCAGGAUCAAUAUUGACAUCUCAUCUGGGGGCUACCAAACUUUCUCUGGGCUCGAAGUUUAUACCUCUACCUCAUGCAAUAAAACCUCUUGGCAGAGCCCUGAGGAUCAGUUCUCAGGUCUGGCCGGUCAGCCUGUGUCAGACAAAGACACUUUCACACUGGUGGGCAAAGCUGUCUUAAGAAAUCAAAGCAAAGUGACAUUUGGCCACAGAGGCUUCAAGCCAAGGCCUCCCUUUCAUCAGAUGGAAAAUGUCUUCUCCUACCCUGGCUCUGCAUCUCAUGACCUCUGGAAUAAAGGGCCUGCCUCGCUGAGCAACGUGUCACACUUGAAAAUCUGCAUCACCCACGUGGGUGGAGGUGGCUUGCCUUGCAUUAAGAGGCUGGAGGUGUGGGGACAGCCUGCCAAAUCCUGCCCACAGGAGGUGAUCGAGGGUGUCUUUCAGGUGGCUUCUCAGUUCUUUGCCCAGGACGUUGGCAGCCUCAAGCCAGAGCCCUGGACACCAAUGGAGAGUGACUGUGUGCCCUUCAGCACCAGCGAGCAGCAGACCCUCCACAAGCUGGUGGACGUUGUCCAGGACAUCCCUGAAGAAUUCCUGGACCCCAUCACUCUGGAGAUCAUGACCCUCCCCAUGCUCCUGCCCUCUGGGAAGGUGAUCGACCAGACCACCUUGGAGAAGUGCAACCGAAGUGAGGCGUCUUGGGGCAGGGUUCCCAGUGAUCCCUUCACUGGGGUGGCCUUCAGCCAGCACUCGCAGCCCCUACCUCACCCCACCCUCAAGGCCAGGAUAGACCACUUCCUCCUCCAGCACAGCAUCCCUGGCACCAACCUGCUGGGGAGGGCUCACACCUCCGAGAUGCUGGUCCCUUCUUCUGUCACUAUGUCUUCUCUGAAAAGGAAGAUGGACUGUACGGAGCAGAGCUCCAUGCAGCCACCCUACUUUUCUUCUACAAACUUGCUUGUCACGACUACCUCAGAGAACAGUGCUAAAAAAAUGAAAACUGACAGUGACUGCCACUUGAUCCAAAUGGACUGUUCCACAGACCUGGUGUCUCAUGAACAGAAGCUGUCGGAGAGUUUGGACACUGCCUUGAACUCGGCGCUCAGCACCAUGCCCUCCUUUACAGCCAAGCUGAUGAAAAGCCAGCAGCAGGCACAGGGUGAGGGAGGCUGCAGCAGCUCCUGGAGCACUUCUCCUGUCACCUUUGCAGAGCACAGCAGGAGCAGCCAGACCCAAGGGUGUGCUUCCUGUGGCAAAACCUUCUCCUCGUACUUCAAAGCGGAGCCUAUUUACCAGCUGCCCUGCGGCCACCUCCUCUGCCGCCCGUGCUCGGCCGACAAGGAGAAGCCUCUCUCCUCACUCCUGUGUGGGAGCUGCAAGAGGUCAGCCUCCACACAUGACAUCAGGAGAGUCCACUUCUGACUCCUCGGCAUGGGGAGGGCGAGAACGAGGAGCUGCCGCCGUUCCCUGUGUCUGUGCUGAUCUGUAGGAGGAGGAAGGCCUUGGGAGAGCUUGCCAGAUGAGUGGUGGCAGAGAGGACUUGGUCUUCUUGUGCUUACAGAGUAGUGGGGGAUGGGAGGCGUGAGAGGAAAGCGAUGUGAGGAUAAUCAAAGCCAUAGCUUCUUUAACAAGGAACAUGUAUUUAUACAGAACUGAUGUCUGCCUGCCGCCCCUGCCCUCCUCCCACCACCCCAGUGGCUCAGUGGUUUAGCAUAGGUGCCUUUUGGACCAUGAGUUUAGCUUCCCUGUGAGAUAAAACCAUUUCCCUAGUGACGAGCAGCCAGUCGUGGGCUGGGCCACGUCCUUGUGACUGACAACACAUGAGCUACCUGACUUCUCCCCUUCCCCACCUCACCCUGCUCCCCGUGGGGCCCUCGCUGUGCUGCAGGAGCACGUUCAUCACCCUGGAGUCCCACCAGUCCAUCCAGGAGCCCAGCCAGUGUCACAAGGAGAAGACCCUGUGAUGAACGGGUGAGUACCCGGCAGGGACCUCGUCCUGCUCACAGGAAGUGGUGUGGAGAAGCCAUCGCAUGGCAGCAGACACCACUCUCGGGUUGUGUGGUGUGACUGGACCAGUUCCCGUCUGGCUGA